UACAGACGACAGAAAUCUGCACGCGCUGUAUGUAGUGCACUUUUUUUUUUAUCUAUACCACUAGCUAAUAAUAUCAGGUUACAUGUCAUUUAUACCGUGAGAGGAAUUUUCACAGGGAAUUCCCACUUCUGUUUCUGUCAAAAUGAAGAAAACGGAAUAAAAGAACAUAAUAUGAGAUGUUCCAAUUCAAAUUGUGGCUGGCAGGGUAACGGUAACUUCUGUCAGUCAUGUGGCAGUAAAAUGAUAGACAUAUCUGCAGAAGUGUUGAUUAAAUGUAACGGGACAUUCGAAAGUAAACCAUGCGGAGCAGACUUGAAACAGACACAAAACUUUUGUACUAAAUGUGGAACUCGAAUUGACAAAAGUCUAUUUGAACGUUUGUCAGAAAAAUGCCAGAGAUGUGAAACUAUUCUAGAGCCGGGAAGUUUAUUUUGCGCUGAAUGUGGCUUAAAGAAAGACACAUCCAAAGAAAAAGAAACUGUUAGAAGUGCUGAUCAAGAUGCAUCAACCGCUGAUACUGCACUAACACCAAGUAAUGAUAAGGCGUGCUCUACAUUUACGGAAAUAAGUGACAGAUGUGAAGGCAAACCACUAACAAUCAACAAUGAAAUAACUAGAAAUGAAAGAGAACAGAAAGAAAGCACAGACAGCAGUCAGUUUGAAGUGAUAAAUGGUGUGCCUAUUGAUGCUAAAGAUGUAGAAUUGAAAUCAACAUUUCGUAAAGAGGGUGAAGAUAAUCAAAAGAGUAAACCCAUUCCAAUUCAUGAUGUAGAUGCCUCAAAAUAUGACGAAAAUAGAACAGAUGAAAUAAAAGAAACAAAAGGAAACCGAAUACAUAAAGAAUUAGUAAAACAUGCCGACAAAGAUGGGUUUCCCUUUGAGAGAAAUAAUGUACUUGCACAAAGUAAUGAAAAAGAACGCUCAACUGUUGCCGAAAUUAAUGACAAUCAUGAAGGCAUGCCUCUUCCAAAUGACAAUGAGAUACCAAGGAAUUUAAGUGGAAAUGUGAGCCAACAAACUGAUAGAGAUAAUCCUGAAGUUAAAACUGGUGCACAGAAUGAUACCUUUGAUGUAAAAUCACUACCAAGUUACAGUGAAAAAGAUGCUCAAAAGAGUGCAAAUGUUUUGAUUCAUAAUGAAGCCUUGUCAAAAACAGAUGACAAUAAAGUUGAAAUAACAGGAACUGAAGGACGUAAGCCAACAGAUGAAUUAGUAAAUUGUACCUUUGACGGUGAAUCAUCUCUACAGAGAAAUUUGGAAGUGCUGCAACGGACGGAUGCUGUGUAUUCAAAUUGUGCUAAUGUUAGAGACACUACUGAAGAUGAAGAACACUCACAACGCGAACUGAUAAAAACAAGUUUAAGUGAAAAUGUCUGUGAGCAGACGGCAAUCAGUCAGCUUAAUGUUCAUAUUGAUACGCACUUCGUAGAUUCAAAAACUCUUGAUGCUAACAUGUCAAAAGGAAAUGCAGAAAAUAAAGAUGAAACAUUAUCAUUAAAUGAAUCACAGAAUUUAGCUGGAAGUGAAUAUUCAUUAUCCCAUUCGACUGUUACACAGCUAUUGUGCGACGAAAAUGAAAAAGUCACACAAUAUGAAUCCGAAAAUGAUUCUGAAAUAGAAAGUGAAGAAAUAAAUACUGACCCCGUAGGAGAGAAUAAGUCAACGCCUGAUGAAACAAUGCUGUCGGGCAAGGGAACGAGUCAGAAUGAUUUGCGUAAACGGAAAAGUGGAGGAGGGGGAACAAAAGCAAAAAAGGUAAAGAAAAGAGAACGUAAGAGUAAAGGACAUGCUGAGAGAUUUAACCUAGAACAGAACAAGAAUGUCAAAAUGGGCAAUGAACAGCUUGACCUAGAUACGAACCAAACAGAAGAAGAAACAAAUGAUGACAAAAGCAAAGGUGAAGCUGUUGAACAGGUAGGUGUCUGCGACAGUAGUAUCGUGACAGAAAAAGAUACAACUUUUGUUUUUGGUGAUGGGAGCAUCAGCGAUAAAGAAAAAAGUGUAAUGUUAGAUAACAAGGUUAUCUACCCGCCAGAUCUAACAAUUCCAAGUUUUUUCAAAAUAUGAAGAACCAAUCAGGAGAUGACAAGGCAAUAAAUGAAACAGCCUCGUUUGAAAACGACAUGAAAACUAGCCCAGACGAUAAUUUCAGUAAUUCCCUUACAGAUAACGUAGUAUCUGUAAAAGAACUUGAAAAAAAGAAUUUGGAGGAAACAAAUGUGAAUGACACGGAACAGAAAUUUGAUGAAGAAGAAAAGAUGAAAAAGAACGAAAUGAACGAAAAAGAGAAAACACAAUCCGAACUAGCUGGGAAUUCACAACAAGGCCAACAACCUAGUGCCAGCAGAACAUGUACAGGAGGAACAGGUGAUUUAAUAAAAGUAGUUUUCCACAUUCUUUCUUCACCAAGUCUAGUCUGGAGGAACAGACAAGUGUUGUUUAGAACGAAUUUGUCUCAAUUCGGUGCCUGGAGUAGUAGCCAAAACGUGCUGCAAAUUGUCAGGCAGGACAACAAUUUUGUGGAAUUGCAGAUUACACUUGAAAUUGAAAGACAUUUGCUUUCUCUUGGAAAUCCAGUCAGAUAUAAAUAUGCAGUGGCAGAAUUUAGGGAAAAUAAAAUGUGCAUUGAAUGGGAAGAUUACUAUGUCUACAAUUGUAACGACCAGUAUCAUAACAGAAGGUUGUAUGUCAGCAAACACCUGCUAGCUAAAAAAGAUGAAUGGCACCAAUAUGAUGGAUUUUU